UCCUCGUCGCCCAUCGCUCGAUACAGUGUUUGUAACAUUAUUAUUCUUUAGGGCUUUGGGGACUCGGGGAUUGUCGGCGAUUCCUGCUCCGAAACCUUUUCGAUUAAUUCGCAGCGGCAAGAAGUUUAGCUUGCGUAUUGGCUCAUUAUAGUCUUCUUAGGUAAAGGAACUUAUAAACUUCGACCAUUCUGUGUAAUCAUGGCCAGUUCUCCAGCACCAUUUUCACAUAUUGGCAAAAAGGCCAGAGACCUCUUGACUAAAGAUUACAACUACGAUCACAAGUUUACUCUGUCACUACCAAGCUCCAAUGGAAUGGGACUAACUGCUACAGGUUUGAAGCGGGAUCAAGUUUUUAUUGGUGAUAUCAGUACCCUGUACAAGAGUGGAAGGACAACAGUGGAUGUGAAAGUUGAUACUUAUUCAAAUGUUUCUACCAAAGUGACCGUGAGUGAUAUCUUGCCCACUACCAAGGCCACGUUUAGCUUCAGAAUACCUGACCACAAGUCUGGCAAGCUGGAUGUUCAGUACUUCCAUCCUCAUGCGGCCAUUGAUUCCAGUAUUGGUCUCCACCCCAGUCCUCUUUUGGAAUUUUCAGCUGCAAUCGGUAGUAAGAAUUUUAGUUUAGGUGGUGAUGUGGGAUUUGAUACUACCUCUGCUUCAUUCACAAAGUACAACGCUGGAGUCAGCUUGAAUAAGCCAGACUUUUCUGCGGCUCUUAUACUAACUGACAAGGGACAGGCUCUGAAGGCAUCUUAUGUUCAUUCAUUGGAUCCACUUAAUCAGACUAUGGUAGCUGCCGAAAUGACUCACAAGUUCUCCACCUUUGAAAACUCCUUUACCAUUGGAAGUUCCCAUGUUCUAGAUCCAGUUACGCUUUUAAAAACACGGUUCUCCGACAAAGGAAAAGUUGCCAUGCUUUACCAGCGAGAAUGGAGGCCGAAAUCUCUGGUAACUCUGUCUGCCGAGUACGACUCAAAAGCAGUUAACUCGUCUCCAAAACUAGGCCUUGGUAUUGCUCUCAAGCCAUGAUAUGAGGGAAGCAGUAAGAUUAUUUCGGUGAUUGAAUACCCAUAACUUUGAUGUCGUUAUAAUUUUCCCCAAAAUAUUCAUUACGGAAUUUCACAAUUUGUGUUUGGAAGAGGAGGCAUUCUUCCGUGUAUUCGUGAGAUGUUAUUUCGAGGCAUAAAUAGGAUUAGAGAAACCAAUUUUGGAAAGGAAUGGAUAUUGAGGGACCAACAUUUUGCUUGCAAAGUCCCAUUUUUUCGCCAUUCACUUUGAUUUAUGUCGCAUAAGUGCUAAAGAGACCGACGGACAGAUCUCUCCAGCUUCAGGUUUCUUCAAUAUCAUGAAAUUUCAUUCGGUUUUGUAUUAUUCUUACAUUGUUCAAAUUCCAUUUUCUGAUGUCGGGAAUAAUAUGAACAUUGAAUGGGAUCGCCCCCUCUUUCCUCUC